UUAUUAAUGAAGAGGUCAGCGUCAAACGUCAAAGACAAGAAGGACUAUUUAUCUUAAGCAUUUAUUUACCGACACAAAAUCACUUAAACCUUUAGCGCCAAGAACCAAACGUACGGUACUCGUUUAUUAUUUGUUGAGGUUGUGCUUGAUAUUAGGCAUUAGGUUUGCUUAGGGAAAAAUUCAGACGAGUGCUUUUCAAAAGACCACCAGCUGACUGCGGUGGACAGAUGGACAACCAUCCUUGGUCGCAAGGGGAAGGUUGACGUCAUUUACCUUGAAUUCUCAAAAGCUUUUGAUGGGGUCAGUCAUAUAUGUCUUAUCAAUAAGCUAAAACGAUUAAUUAUCAAGUCACCUUCAAUUUAUCUGCUCACUUCAUGUCUAAAAAAUCGACAUUUUAAGGUCAGAGUCAACUUAAGUUGAGAGGAGUGAAUUCACUUCUUUCAGGCUAUGGGGUGCCCUAGUGGGGUUCAUUACUAAGACCUCUUCUUUUCUCGAUUAACAUAACCGAUCUUCCACAGUAAGUAUUAUCAGAUUUAUUGCUUUUCGUUGAUGAUGUGGAACUCUGGAGAGAAGUUCGUAACCAAGAGGAUAAACUGGCACUUGAGGAAGAUCUCACUCGACUUCGAAGUUGGGCAGAUGACAACGAACGUACCUCUAACACUUCAAAGUGUAAGCUAGUCCAUCUGAGACAUGUAACAGAUUACAACUGCAAGUUAGGUAACUCCCUCUAGAGAUAUCCUAAGUUGAAAAAGCUCUGAAUGUUGGAAUCCUACUAUUUAAAGUCUUUCGCUAACUGCGACAAAAGUGCCUUCCGAAAAACCUUCUACUGGUAACACCGAAGCACAUUUUUGCUAGUAUGGUGGACUGACUUUCCACAUAAUCUUCAACGGUUUUAUUCAACACCACUUAGAGUAUGGAAACACUGUCUAAAGUCCAUUCUGCUGUGUUAUAUCUCCAGUUUCUUGAUUUUACCCUUAAGGUUUGCGUUGGGACUAAGCUUAACUGGCAAACCUUGCACGAUGAUAUUUUUUCCGCGGAAAAAGAUCUCAUGAAAUUCCUUAGGAAUGUUCCUGAUGAGAGUGCUCUCAGAAUACGGUAUAUCGGGCAAUAUUCUUACAUUCCCAUCUGAUUUCAGUAAGGGACUAGCCAGUAGGACAUUCUCUACGUCGGUACCGUUAGUGAGCGUUUCACGAAGUAGUCUUGGCUGAUUUCGAUGCUUGGAGUCCUUUCCCUGAGUGAGCCAUGUGACUGUUAAAGGCUUUAUUAUGAGAAGUUCAAGCUUCCUGUUUAACUCUUCCGAGAGCAUCCUGUCAUUUUAUUCCUACAAACUGAGGUGAAGUUCAAAGCUAUAUUUAAGGUUCAUGAUUUUGACAGAAUCAUAGCGAACCGUGAUCUUUUCCCCAGAUUGAGGAGCAUUUUGUUUGGUAGUUGAAGCGCGUUUCAGAUUCAUGUGCCCCUUCCUGACUGGUUGGACAGUCUUGGGGCUGAGUGUACGGCCAAAUAACCAGUUGAUUUCACUACAAUACCUUGGGUAUUCUACUUCUUAGACCAUGACACCCUGUCCUUUUUAACUUCGUCGAAAGGAAUCCAACCGCCCACAGACUUUUUGGAGACCAUCGUUGCAUUGAGAGAUCCUGUACCGGGAGAUUCAAGUUUGCUGGGGGAGUCUAGUGCAGUCGAUGUUAUAAUGGUGCUGAGCUUUAGCAUGUCCGCAUUAGUGUAGAUGCAUGUCCCAUCGAUACUACCGUUGUUGAGGUCCCCCUUCUUUUCUUCACUGUGUGUCUUUGUAUGUUUACCCGUUAUAGGACUAUCUUUUUCCCGGUUUUAUGACAAAUUUUUCCGCAGACCUGUCAAGAGAAUGAUAAUGUUGCUCAGCAUUCACGUUACACGUGCUAAAUACCCACCUACGAUUCGGCUUGCAUAAAUUCUUCAUGAUCAUGGUGAUGUGGAUUGAUGAAUAGAUCCUAGAAAAAGUUUACGACCGCAAAACAAAAAACAGUACACUCAAAACGGAUGGUACAGAAGCUUAAGCUAAACUAAAACUAGCCUUGACGUGAAAAAUGGAAUAGUAAUUUGAGGUACAAUUACAGUCAACUAUUAACUUUGGAGAAACUCCAAAAGAAAAGUAAUUUACCGAACGUUGAGCUUAGGACAGAUUCUUUGGAUCAAAAACGGUGCUUUUGUUGCGUAAGGAAACAGCAAAAGCUUGAAAAAUGCAAAUCAUGUUAGGACUAAACUUCCCGUUCCUGUACAUAUCUAAUCUCGCGAAUGAGUCAGUCAAAAAAGUGAACACUUCUACUCCAUCACUGUUUGAUGAGAGUUUACUAGUUUGUAAAACAACCUGUACACUACACGGAUUCUUUUCGUUAUUGGCCUUCGAUUUUACUUCCUAUGUCCUCUCAGUUGUCAUAGACUAAUAGGGGACAAUAGAAAGUAUUUCGGGUCCAAAACCGUUCCUCAGUAUCCUACAUGUCGUAACCAAGUCACCUCAUAAUUCGUGGUAAAGUAGUUUAGAGUUUGCUAACCUGUCAAGCCACUCGGUGUAUGGUACGUUGCUGUCAAAUUUGACCCACUUCUAUUUUCUUUAAAACCAUAUUUAUACAUUAUAAAUGCCUCUACAUCAGAGGUAGUAUUUUUUCACCGAUGAAAACCGUUCAAAAAUUUACUUAACUAGGUUUUACGCUAUCUUCAGUUUUAAAUGAAUUUCAUGCCAGAUAAACACGUUCAUUCUUUUCUCAUACCGGCUUUUUUUUCACAGGUUGAGAUUUUGGUCACAAGUCACGCACGGCUUUAUUUAUCAUUAUAGUUGUCAAAAUCAUUUAACGAGAUUCUUCAAACAUGGAUUUGCUUGAUAAGAAUGAACCCAUAUCUUCCAUUCAAGAAUCAAGAGAUGCUUUUGUUGUCAUGGCAGAAAGUGGCAUAGUGGAUGAUGGAGUUCAGUUCCUUUAUGCUGUUGACCUCCUCCGUACUACUCGUAAAGAGGCACUUAAUCUCUCCGUUAAGUUAUUAGAAGAAUUAUUUAAUCGCACAAAAAAUGAUAGUCUACGGCGUGACUGUUUGUUUUAUUUGGCAGUAGCUCACACUAAGCUGUCAGACUAUGAAAACGCAACUCGGUGUUGUGAUAAUAUAUUGGUGAUACAACCGUCAAACCAACAGGUCAAAGAAUUAAGGAAUACAAUACAGUCUCGUGCUAAAAGAGAUGGCCUGACUGGUUUAGCAGUUGUUGGUGGUGCUGUUUUAGGAGCGGCUGCAUUGUUAGGCAUUGGUCUCGGUGUCGGUUUAUCUAAACGUCGGUAACCUGGACUAUUCAGUGACUAUAAUUUCCAUCACAUGACAGAUUUUGAUCAUUUUCUUAUUUUGAUUUUUCAAAAUAUGUACAAAUGUCUGUACGAAUUCUUAUUAAUUUCGUUUUCUAUGUUAAAGCAAUACAUGUGGUACGUUUUAAA